AAACAAGUGAAAAACCCUGACAGCAGUUUGUGCUUUCACUCAUGCAGAGAUGUUUCACAACAACACUUCUACUGUUUGAGUAAAUAUAUUGUCUUAUAGAGAAUAAAUCUCACUCCAUAAAGGAAAAUUAUAUAUUUAUUAGUUGUUUUUUUUUUUGUUCGGCAGUAUUUUUUAUGCUCUUAGUUGUUUUGUGACAGUUUGUCUCCUGCAGUGUUUUUUUUUUCUUUCUUUUGUUGACUCAGUUUUCUAUAUCUUUACCAAUUUUCUCAUUUAAACUUGCCCUUCUUUCCACAUGUAGCACUUUAAACAUAUGCUUUGUAAAGCGCCUUGAAACGACAUGUGUUGUGAAUUGGCGCUAUGUAAAUAAAACUCAAUUGAAUUGAACUGAACUGAGUUGAUAUGUUACUGUAGCUACAGUACCUUGCAAAAGUAAACGUUUUUUCACAUACAACUACAACAUUCAGUGUACUUUAUUGGGAAGGCGAACCUCGUGCGAGUUUUAGGUCUUUUACAGCCUCUAUCUAGAAGGUUUUCUUACAAGACUACUCUUUAUUUAGCUCCAUCCAUCUUCUCAUCAACUCUGUCCAAUUUCUCUGUCCCUCCUGAAAAAGCACAUGUAUGCUCUGUCCCAAUUAAGGUUAAAAGUGGCUAGAUACAAAUGCAGCCACAAUUAUUAAAAUGUUUAUGUGUUAAAAAAAAAGAACCCCUCAUAAUUAUGCAAAAAUCUGUGUUGAUCUAACACAUAAAAUCACAAUAAAAUGCAUUCUAGUUUGUGAUUGUAAUGUUACAAAAUAUGACAAAAAAAAAUGAUCUGUGUGGUGAUUUUCAUCCUAUUCACUUGAGGUCAUUUUAUUUCUCUUUGCAGAUUUGUGCAGCUCUGAUUUCAUUUGCUCUUCACUUCAGUAUUUUACGGUCAUUUUGCUUCUUUUGUUGGCAUUCUGAGAUUAAUUUUGCUUUUGAAAUUUGUUCCUGUGUGUAGCCUACUGUGUGAUUUUUCUUCAACUUAACAAAAAGCCUAUAUUUACAUUAAUUUCUAUAAAAAAGUUGAAGAGUUGCUACACCUUUGUCUUAUUGUCAACGUAACCAAUAACUUUUAUAUGCUGUAAAAAUUACUCACACGCGUAAAAACAGCUGACCAGUGUGGUCUGUUUGAACGGAAAACCUGUGGUUAGCAGCAGUGGGUGAAAACCUCAUGUUUUAGACCUAUUGAGGCGGCGCCCCCUUGUGGCGAUACAAAGUUUUAAGCCUAGAGGCUUCUGGGCAGCUGUUAGCUGUCUCUUAACAGCCGAUGACAAACAUUAAUCUACAACAGGCUGAAGAUAUAAACACAUACGUGUUUAAGAUGCUCGUCUGUGGGCUGUGACUUAAGGCGAGAUUAAUCAGACCAUGAACAUGCAGUACAUUUUUAAGACAAAUUGAUUCAGUUGAAUUAUAUGGUUGAUAAUAGACAGUUUCUUUCUUUCUUCUUGAUCUUCUUUUCUUGAUCUUCAUUAUCGUAGGAAUAACCUUUAGGCUUGUUUCAUUAAUAUUUGAUAAUCCAGUUCUCUCAUUUAUGUUGAUCAUUUUUGUUCCAGAGCAAAAUGGCCACUGCCUUUUCCUUUCUUUGUAGGUUUUUUUAUUUUAUUUAUUUAUUGUAAUUCCAUAUCGUAGCUACAACUGCUACAGCGCCCCGCUGUUCUCGGUGGGGAUGUUGGCUACAAAGAAGUCCCGCCUGUAUUACCCUCUGGAGGAGUCUUGGUGUGCGCUCCCGACUGGGGAUUGGAGCGGCCACUUGUCAGUAAAGCAGCUUCACGCCGUGCAUGUGUGUGUCUGAAGGGAAACCGAGCCAGACAGCUGCGGUCGGAUCGUUCAAUCAUCAGCUGUCAAGCCAGCACGCCACAAAGAGUAGCGUGACACCCGGCCGGUAUGGAGGGAGAGAUGCAACCCGCAGAUGAAGGGCCCUGCGCCCCGAAGAUGUGCAGACAGCUUCGGGGUCCGUACAGCACCCUGAAACCCUUCCAAAGCAAGCGCUCCGCGGGCAAGUCGCGCUUUGACCGGUCCGCUGUGGUGGAGCUGCCUCUGUUUCCCGACGGGCAUCCCUUCACUUUCCAUCCCGAGCAGCCUCAUCCUUCCCAGCAACAGCAGCAACAGCAGCGGCUGCAGCACCUCCACCAAUGCAGCGUCGCUAUCAGCAGCAGCCAGCAGCACCACCGUCUCCCAUGUGAGGCCAGGCCCAGCAGGAGGGUCCCGACAUCCACCUCAGCGGCAACGGCAUUCCUUGGCUCCCAGCGACGCUCCUGCAGCGGUUCGGAGCCCAGGUUAUCUCCGGACUGCACCUACGGUAUCAGCACAGAGAACCGUCUCAUCUUAGAUGCCUUCGCCCAGCAGUGCAGCCGAGUCCUCAACCUUCUCAACAACGGCCGUCUCCUGGAGCCUCCCUCUUCCUCCCUUAGCUCUAACAUCAAGCUGGAAGAUGGACGAGGAGACGCUCAGGGGCUCCACAGCUCCUCACAGGGGAAGCUGAAACCCCAGGAGAGCUCUUCCACCACAGAUCCAGAGGAAGAAGCCCAACAAAGCCAUUCAAACCAGCAACAGACCUCUGCAGUCCUCCGCAUCUUCACAGACUCCCUACAGAACUACCUGCUCUCUGGGCCUCAGCAACGUUUGGCUGCGGGUCUCGAUGGUGAGCAGUGUGCUCCUGCGGAGCCCGCUUCAGAGGUGUCUCCAUCGAGACACACCCUGGGAGGCUGGGGGUCCCCAGCUCCGUCAGAGUCUUACGGCCACCCAUCGUCCACGCUGCCGGAAGAAGACGAGGAGGAGGAGAACUGCUGCCCACGCUGUCUGGAGCUGGAGCAGGAGGUGCUAUGUCUGCAGCAGGAGAAUGAGGAGCUCCGGAACAAACUAGAGAACAUUCCAGUUCCCUGUCAAAAUGCCCUUGACUACUUCAAGGCUGUUCUUGAGUUUCACCACCAGCUGGCCCAGCCAAUGUCAGAGGAGCAGCUCAGAGAGCAGUGUGACAAUAUGGAAUUAAAAGAUGUAUCUCUGCAGGAGGAAGAACAACAAACAGUUUUUGAGGGGAGUAAACAGCUCCUGGAGAAUUACCCGCUCUUCAUCACCAACAAGCAGUGGGACGAAGCCGUCAACUCCUCAAAGAAAGACGGCAGAAGGCUCCUGCGCUACCUGAUCCGCUACGUCUUCACCACGGAUGAGCUCAAGUUCUCCUGCGGUUUGGGCAAAAGGAAGCGCUCGGUGCACUCAGGAGAUCCAAACCUGGAGAGACGGCCGCUCAACCCCAUCAAAGUCAGCUGCCUCAGAGAUAUGUCUUUUGAGGUCUUUUGAGUGGCCAUAAAGGGCUUUGUGCCAAUGCAACUGUAGCUUACAGUAGGUGGUUGUAAUGCUUUUGACAACAUAAUGUAUACACAUGGUGUCCUGCUACUGUUUUGGUGGCAACAAAAAGUAUCUUACCGUGCUAUGCUACGGCUCCUUGCACCUGAAUAUUGGUGUCCCAAAUUGCGGGAAGCACGCAAGAAAGGUUUAGGAGAGCUUCGAUACAGUUCAAUUCAUUAUAAAAAAAAACUCCAAACAUUAAAAUAUGUCAGUCAGUCAGUCAUUUUCUGGAUUCUGGAUUUUGUGUGCACUGUUUGAGCUAUGCUCCUAUGGAACAGAUUUAAAUUAUUGCACAAAAAAGCUAGAAAAACCUCCUCACCUGCAUCCUGUCACAGUUCUGGUAGGGAUGGGGAGGCGGGGCUAAGUGGUACCCUGGGUAAGAACCUCUUUCAGCUGCCAGACGCACAACCAAACACCUCUCUGAUAACCAAAAAAAACAUUUUGUUGGGUAACUUAUUUAACACAUUAAGAACUAUGGAAAAUGGAUCUGGUCUGAUCUGAUUUUAAUUGACUGACAUAAAUUGAUUUAUUGGUAGGUUAGAUAAUGAUUUCAACAAUGUUUUAAGGAAAACUGAGAGCAUUUGUGAUCCCUGUAAAAUAUCUGUCCAGAUUUGACUGAUCUAUAUAUUCUAAUUAACAUUUCACACUUGUCUCAAGGCUCCAAAUGCCAAAAAGAACCUUUUUGUGUUUUUGCCAAUAAAUGUUAGAUAAAUUAAAAUAAAUAAAUCAAAUUGUGGAUCUGAGAAUCUGAGUGAAGAAAGAUCUAACUAAAAUCCCUGUGGUAUGGCGCCCUGGCCAAAAAGCCACAUCACCCACAAUAAAAUCUGCCACUGCAUGCUGCUGUUGAAAAUGCUGAUUGUGUUUACUCUUGUAAGUGAAACUAAAGGUGAAGGUGCUGAAACCUCCCUUUAUAUAAAAGGAAAUUCUGUGCAAUUUGAGGAAAUAUUUUAAUUCAGACGUCAUUCCUGUGGUGGUAAUAUUAUGGUAGGUCAGAAAAUAAACAAAGAAAGAAACGUACAGUAUAUGCAAAAUACUAAGAGCUCAUAAAGGGGAUGAUGCCCUCUUACAUUCUUUUUCUUCAGCAUGGUCAUGUCUCAGUUUCUUUUUUGCUAUAUGUUUAUUUAUAUAUAUAUUAUAUAAAGCAAACAACAAAGCUGAAUUCUAAAUAGAAAAUUAAUUCUUUUACUUUAUUUGUAUUCCUUAUGAAUUAUUUUUCCCUCAUGAAAGGAGACUUAAUAAAGUUCAAAUGCAAUUUUAAAUCUUUAAAUCUCAGCAUUAUUCUCAGAAUAUUUUUUAUGAACACUUGUUUUAUCAUGGCAUUCCCCUUUUUUAAAGAACUUCCUUGUAAGUGGAGAGCAUUUAAUGUUUUUGACAUCCUAA